AUGCUUCUACAACAACUGAAACGUCCAACAGUAGCCCCAUCUAACACACCCCAGUUUGAACCAAGAACCACAAUCUCCACCGACCAUCACAUCAGAGGCUGGCGUAAAGCCAAAGAAAAGACAGCAGCUGGUCCAUCCAAGCUUCACUUCGGCAUGUAUAAGGCCCAUAUCCAACGGCGUCGACUGGCAGAAGUGGAUGCCUUUAUGCGAUCGAUAGCAUAUUCCACUGGAUACUCGUAUUCUCGAUGGAAAAGAGGACUGGACUUUCAUCUGCUCAAACGGAAACGAGAGUUUUGGGCCAAGAAACUUCGAACCAUUGGCUUGCUUGAGGCCGACUUCAACAUGAACAACAAAGUCCUGGGUGCUGAUGCAAUGCGUGCAGGUGAGAGAGCUAAGGUACUUACCCCCCACAAUUAUGGUGGCCGGAAAAAUCUCAGAGCAGUGGAAGUCAACAUGAACCAAUACCUUACUUACAACAGCAUCUGGGGACGUCGAGGCAGAGCCGUUGUCAUGUCCAACGACGCCAAAGGCUGUUACGACUGA